UUUUCUUUUAGUGUUUCACCAACGAAGCCAUGUCCUCCAUCUCCAUGGAGAUCAAAAGGGUUUCUUCAGAGCCUAAAUCUGGGUCUGGUCUUCCCCCAUUAAAGCCCAAGUUCGAGCAUCUCAAAGCCCAUGAGAUGUCCAACGGCCGAGUUCAAUUCCAGAAAGUCUCCGUCCCUCCACACCGUUACACGCUAAUGAAGAAAGCAUGGAUGGAAAUCUACAAGCCCAUAUACGAACAGAUGAAUAUCGACAUUCGUAUGAAUCUCAAUGCUCGGAAAGUGGAAUUGAAGACAAGACCGGAUACUCCGGAUGUCAGCAACCUACAGAAAUGUGCAGAUUUUGUUCAUGCCUUCAUGCUUGGAUUUGAUGUCAUCGACGCAGUUGCGCUUCUGCGUCUGGAUGAUCUCUAUGUUGAUUCUUUCGAGAUCAAGGACCUCAAGACGCUUUGAGGUGAGCACCUCUC